UCUUUGAUAUGAGGAUUCGUAAAAAUGGUUCAUUUCCAAUUGAAACUUUUCAAGCGCACGUUUGUCACCUUAACCAAUCUCCAUGGGAUGUUAUCCACCAGUUCGAAGAUGGUUUAAAAAAUGGGGAUUCCUUUGUAGCUCUUGGUGAAAGUGUGGCUUCGAUGAUGGAAACUGAAGCUGAAGGUGUUGUUGAUAUUGAUAAUAGACCUGCGAUAGAAAAUUUUGAUAUGAUGGUGCUUGAUGAUAAUCAAAAAAAGAAGGUAGUUAAUAAUAAUAGUGGCGGCAACAAAGGAUUGAAGAGAAAUUUGAAUGGGGGCGACAUUGAGGCAGUGCCGCAACGUGGUAGAGGCAGACCGAAGAAGGCGUCGGGUUCAGGUUCGAGUUUGAAUAAUAAUAAUAAUAGUAAUGAAUUCUUUGGUCCAUUAUGGGGGAAACAACGCAAGGGUGGUAAAUAUGAAGAUGAAGAUAACAAGGGUGCUAUAACAUUAGCUACUAGUGGUGAUGAUAAGGUUAAUGUUGGUGUUGAUGUGAAUGUUGCUCCUUGCUAUUCGGAGGGAUUGGAUUAUGUUGAAAAUUAUGAGGAUGAUGAUUAUAAUGGGAAGAGGAGAGUGAGGAACCAGUGAAAGAAAGAUCAUUAAAAUCGUUAAUGUGAAAUGAAGCUAACAUGUUUGUAAGAAGGGAUGUUUAACAUAGGAUUGGGGUUAAAUGUUGUAUUGUUGUUCUUAAUCUUGAGAGCGAGAGAAAUCUCUCUUGAUCUUGUAGUUGUUGUUUUAAUUUUGGUCGGAUUGUGAAUCUUUAUCGCUUAUCGAAUAUUUAGGGUUGUUGUAUGAAAUCUUUCUCUCCUUUCGGAUA